AUGGAUCUACAUAGAUCUACGCCCUCCAUAGCAAAAAGGUGUCCCUCGAUAAUUAGGCUUGAUUCAGUUGUUGGUGAAUUAGCGAUUUUGCUACCUGAGUUUUUGGAAGAAACUAAAGGAAGAUCACUAAUUGCAAGUUGGUGCCCUCAAGAGGAAGUGCUUAGCCACUCCUCCAUUGGAGGGUUCUUAACUCAUUGCGGCUGGAAUUCUAUAAUCGAAAGUGUUUGUGCCGGGGUGCCUAUGCUUUGUUGGCCUUUCUUUGGGGAUCAGCAAACAAACUGCAAGUAUACUUGUAAUGAAUGGGGCAUUGGCAUGGAGAUUGAUAAUGGUGCCAAGAGAGGGGAAGUGGAGAAGAUUGUGAGAGAGUUGAUGGAAGGAAACAAGGGUGAGAAAAUGAAGAAAGAGGUCAUGGAGUUGAAAAAAUUGGCCGAAGAGGCCACUGGUCCACAUGGGUCAUCAACCAUCAACUUAGACAAGUUGUUGAGUGAUGUGCUUUUAUCAAAAUGUUAG